UAGAGUGAUAACAGUUAUAAAACAGCAUGUUAUAAUACUGAUAGGAUUUUUAAAUUUAAUAAAUAUUUUUUUAUUACAACUUUUAUUUAACUUUUUCAUCAAUUAAUUAUGACUUUAUUAUUGAAAACUUCAUUAAUCCUUAAAAAUAGAGCAACUUCACUAGUUUCAUGUUUUAAUGUGUAUACGAGGUGCUUAAGUGAUAAUACAGUACUAUCUGAAAAUAACACUAGUACUUUGGCAACUACAACUUCUCUACCUGUAGGAGAACUAGAUAAACUGUAUAAAGUUAUUGAAUUUGAAUGUCGUGGUAAUGAUCCAGCAGUGUUGCGGAGUUAUACUCAAUUUACUUCAAUGACAGCAAAUGAAUUAGGUAUUGAAGUAGGAAAAUGGUUAGUAAAAAGAUAAAAAUAAAGUUCUCUAAAAUAUUUUUUUGUGUAUUCAAUAAAAAAUUAAAAAAGAAAAAUAGUUAUUUAAUAGUGUAUAAAUGCAACAUCUAUCUUCUAUUCUUGUAAGAUAGUCUCAAUCUGUGAAAAAUAUUUAUAUUAUUAAUACUCAGUAACUGACAAAUUAUUAAGUCACCUGAAUAGAAGGGAAAUUUCUAUAUGGUAAUGUGCCUUACUUUUUUAUUUUUUGCGCAUUGAUUUCAAAAUUUCUUAAAUGUAUUAUUAUUGUUCUAUGUCACACUAAUUUUUUAUAACAAAUAACUUUUCA